ACAGGAAGUCACGCUUUAAACCGUCUCGGCUGUCUGCGUGGGCGUGUUUUCCUAUCGAUUGCCAAUAAUGUUGAUCAGGCCGACGGUGACAUGGUAAUGUUGAUUUUGGUAUCGAUAAUUUAACCUCUUUACGCUAAAGUUGGAGCAGAAAAUUAAAGAGUGGGGCGAAAAAAAGCGAUGAACACGCAAGGCGGACCUGUGAGAAAGCACUUCCCGGUUGCAUCACCGUGACGUAAUCGACUGUGUGAAUCAUCCUUCAUUGCUCCUGGGGGGGCCAGGAUGCUGACAGCGGACCUCAGGACCGCCAACAAGCACCCAGCGACCCCCGUGUGACCCCCUGCUCUUCAGCCCCGCUUAGCUGCCAUCAUGGAGGACAUCCUACGGAGGCUCCAGAAAGACGCAGCCGGACACAAGCACAAAAACCUCCGCGACGCCUGCUUGUUAGCCUACGAAACUCUCGAGUCCCAGAAUGCAUCAGCCAAGCUGUCGCCAGCAGACCUGCGGGGGCGCUGUCUGCUGCCCCUUCAGAUGGCGCUGGAGUCCAAAAACGUCAAACUGGGUCAGACGGCGCUGAGCGGCAUGCAGAAGCUCCUGUGUGAGGACCGCUUUGUGGGUGGGGUCAGCGAGGAGGCGGAGCCAGUAGAGAAACAGCUGUUGAGUCAGAUGCUGAAAGCAGUCAGAGUGACGCCCUCAUUGCACGAGGACCUGCAGGUGGAGGUGAUGAAGGUCCUCCUGUGUGUCACAUACUCGCCAAACUUUGACAUCAACGGAGACUCCAUCUUACGCAUCGCUCAGGUGUGCAUGGAGACGUACGCGUGCAGCUGUCACCAGCGGAGCAUCAACACGGCGGUGCGAGCCACGCUCAGUCAGAUUUUGGGAGAUUUGACCCUGCAGUUGCGACACAGACAGGAGGAAGCGGAUGGAGAGGAGCCGGCUGCCCUCCCUCUGCAGAGAAGAGAUGUGUCGCCCACCAGCCAGGCGCUGUGUGAAGACGUGGUCAUGGUUCUGACAUGUUUCUGCGACAAGCUUGAGUCGGUGGACUGUAGCAACCAGCUGCUGCAGCUGCUCUACCUGGAGUGCAUAAUGUCCAUGCUCAGCAGCUGCCCCCCCACAAUGCACUUGUCCAGAGGCUUCACUGACCUCGUAUGGAAGCAGCUGUGUCCGUCCCUGGUGGCCAUCAUGGGAAACCCAGUCAGCGACAAAACCAUCGCCUCCCACCACGGCCACAUGGGUGCGCCAGAGGCAGAAAGACUGAGCCUGGGACCAAGCCAGGACUUGGAGUCUUCCAUCGGAGCGGUGUCGGAUCAAGGCAGAGGGUCGGGGUGUUCGUCCAGCGCUCCCGCUAGGAUUGCACCCGUGGUGCGUACGGUGUGCUACGUGGCGGCGGAGCUGGUGCGUCUGGUGAGCUGCGUGGAGUCCAUGAAGCCGGUGCUACAGUCGCUGUACCACAGAAUCCUCCUCUAUCCGCCUCCUCAGCACCGCACCGAGGCCAUCCGCAUCAUGAAGGAGAUUCUGGGAAGUCCGCAGAGAUUGUUUGACCUGGCUGGGCCGUGCGUGGCCGAGCCUGAGAGCAGGAAGCGCUCAUUCUCCAAGAGGAAGUCUCACCUGGACCUGCUGCGGCUGGUGAUGGAUGGCAUGACAGAGGCAUGUGUAAAAGGGGGCAUCGAGGCAUGUUUCUGGUCCGUGUCCUGUACGUGUGCUCUGCUGAAAGCGUUGGAGGACCUCUCACAGGGGCGGGGCCUCACACCUGAGCAGGCCCGCCUCGUCCUGCGGCGUGUGGACGAGCUGAAAGAUGGGACUGAGUCGACGCGCGAGUCCAUGGAGGUCAACGAGGCUGACUUCCUGUGGCAGAGGCACCUCCUCUCUGAGGGAGCGCCCUGGGACGCCUCCGCCAACAUGGCUGCGGCCAUCGAGCGCAGCCCUGACAUUAGCAUUAGCAUCACCACGGACAUGGGCCACACCACUUUGGACCUUGAGGCGGGACUGCUGCACCUGAGCCAAGUCCCUCCUGAAAAGCGUGACCAUGAUGUAGGCCUCUCAUCGCCCUCUGUUGGUGAUCUGGAGUACGGCAAGUUCGAAACAGAGAAAGGCAUCCAACGUGAGUUGGAAGGAGAUGGGAAGGAGUUGGACAGCAGGGGCGGGGCCCAAAGAGUAUUGGCGGUUCCUCCAGAUGUGGUCCAGCGAAGCCACGCCCUCGUCUACCCUGACAUCACCAACUUCCUGUCUGUCGAGUCCAGGACCAGGACACACCAUGAAGGAGGCUCACGAUAUAGUGAAAGCAACUUCAGUGUGGAGGAGCAGGACUUGUCUCGGACCGAGCUGGACUCGUGCGACCAGUACUCGAUGGCGGCUGAGAAAGACUCGGGUCGUUCUGACGUAUCAGACAUGGGUUCUGACAACGUGUCGCUGGCCGAUGAAGACGAGCACACUCCUCGGGAGUUUUUGGGUCAGCGUUCUCUACGCACGGCUGCGCUCUCGCUCAAGCUGCUCCGCAACCAGGAGGCAGACCAACACAGCGCCCGCCUAUUUGUGCAGUCGCUGGCGGCGCUGCUGCCUCGCCUCCUGGCAUUGGGCACCGACACUGAAGUGGACCAACUGCUUCAGAACUUCUCCCACACAUUCUGCUCCGGACUGCAGGCCGGUGGCAUUCCCUCACCGGGCGCGGAGACAGGGCUAAUGCUGAGCUGUCAAUCACUGAUGAACGCCGAUGGCAUCUACCUGCUGUCCUUCUAUGUCCUGCUGCUCAACCUCAAACUCUGCAACUGCCACUUUUACCACAGGAGGGCCCUCCCUCCCGCCAUCGGUCUGAAGGAGUUUGUGCGCAUGAUCCAGAGCAGCGGCGUGCUGGUGGUCCUGUCUCAGGCCUGGAUCGAGGAGGUGUACCACCAGGUUCUGGAGAGAGACCUCCUGGGCCAAGCAGGCUACUGGGGUGCUCAGGAGGAACGCACGCUGCCUCUCAUCACCAUGCUGACUGACAUUGAUGGUCUGGGCAGCAGUGUGAUUGGUGGUCAGCUGAUCAGGAUGUCCAGCCAAUCAGUCCUUUCUUGUGACACAGCAGCCGGGGAAACUGUCAUGGCGGGAGGCGCCGUCUUUGCCCGCUUCAUCCUGUCCGGAGUGUGGAAGAACCUAAUGGACAUGCUGUCAACGCCACUGACGGGCCGCAUGGCAGGCAGCUCCAAGGGGCUUUCCUUCAUCCGAGAACAGAGCCAGAGGGAGCGAAAUGCCAUUUGUCUCAGUUUGGACGGCCUGCGCAAGGCCGCCGCGCUGAGCUGCGUUCUUGGUGUAGCUGCCAACUGCGCGUCCGCCUUGGCCCAAAUGGCCGCCGCUUCCUGCGUGCAGGAGGAGCGUGAGGAGAGAGAGGGGGUGGAGGUGGGAGACGCCAUCACACAAGUGAAGCAGCGUCUGGAGCAGAUGGCGCGUCCUCAAGGUGUUCGCCUGCACACGGCACACGUCCUGUGCAUGGACGCCAUCUUGAACGUGGGCUUGGAGAUGGGCAGUCACAACCAUGACUGCUGGCCACAUGUCUUCAGGGUGACGGAGUACAUCAGCUCUCUGGAGCACAGUCACUUCAGUGACACCUCCUCUCAGCCACCAUCGCUGCCCACCCUCGCCCAGCACAGUCAGCGAGGGGCCCCCGCGGACGGCAUCCUGGAGCCCACUUGCGAGCCCCAAGAUGAAGCCUUGGAGCCUGUCUCCGACCCGCCAGUCAUCAGGCCACCGACCAUCCAGGAGCUGCUAGGCGAGGGCGGGAGAGGGGGGCUGGGUCUGGACCUGAAAGGUGGCAGUCUAAUGACAGGGCCUGGCGCCGCCAAGGCGGUUUGUACUCUGUCAACGCAGACGGACAGGUUGUUUGAGGAAGCUGCCACCAAACUGAACCUGGUGGCUCUAGUGGGCUUCUUGCAGCAGCUGCGAAAGGCAUCUCAGUGUCAGUUGUUUGAUUCUGUCACAGAGACAGGCGACUAUUCACUGGCCAUGCCUGGAGAAGCAAAGUCCAUAUUGGAACGCCACAGUGCCCUCCAUCUCUUCCGUCUGGGGGAAGCCAUGCUGCGUAUCGUCCGGAACAAGAAUCGGCCGCUGCUCCAUAUGAUGAGGGCGUGGAGUGUGGUGGCGCCACACCUGGUGGAGGCAUCUUGCCACAAAGAGCGCCACGUUUCCCAGAAGGCUGUCUCCUUCAUCCAUGACGUCCUGACCGAGGUUCUGACCAGCUGGGUGGAGCCGCCCCACUUCCACUUUAACGAAGCGCUCUUCCGACCCUUUGAGCACAUCAUGCAGUUGGAGCUGUGCGACGAGGACGUCCAAGACCAGGUGGUGACGUCCAUCGGCGAGCUGGUGGAGAUGUGUUCUCCUCACAUCCUGUCGGGAUGGCGGCCUCUGUUCAGUGCUCUGAGGACCGUGCACGGCGGCAAGAUGGAAGCCAAAGACUACCUGCUAGGAGAAUAUUCCGUGGGCGUCAAGUGUCAGGCGCCCGUCUUUGACGUCUUUGAGGCGUUCAUCAGCACAGACAACAUCCAGGUGUUUGCCAACGCCGCCACAGACUACAUCAUGUGCCUCAUGAAGUUCGUCAAAGGCUUAGGUGAGGUGGACUACAGGGAGAUCGGCGACUGCGUCCUGACGUCACCUUCCAGCUCAACCGACCUCUGCCUACCGGCGCUCGACUACCUGCACAGAUGUUCUCAGCUGCUGGCCAACAUUUACAAGAUGCCAUCCAAGCCCGUCUUCCUGGGGGCGCGCCUCGCCAGCCUGCCCUCCAGGACGCACGAGCGCUCGGUGGGCAGCGAGGACGGGAUGGACGGAGUCCUGCAGGAGUUUGACGACGACACGGGUCUGAUCCAGGUGUGGAUCCUGCUGCUGGAGCAGCUGACUGCAUCGGUCUCCAACUGUCCUCGCCAACACCAGCCGCCCACCCUGGAGAUGCUCUUCCUGCUGCUGCGAGAGGUUGCCGUCGUGCCAGGUCCGGGAUUCGCUAUUUUCGCCGUGGUCCAACUGCUGCUUCCUGUGAUGUCACUGUGGCUGCAGCGUAGCCAUGGAGACCACGCCUACUGGGAUGUGGCGGCAGCUAACUUCAAACACGCCAUCGGCCUGUGCUGCGAGCUGGUGGUGGAGCACGUCAACACCUUCAUACACACAGAUGUAGGCUGUGAGUCUCUGAUAAAUGUGAUGCUGAAGGACGUCUUCAAGCUGCUGGUGGCUUGUGUGUCGCAAGCAGCAGAAAGCAUCUCCAGAGUGGGCUGCUCCUGCAUCAGGUACGUGCUGGUGACAGUGGGUCCAGUGUUUACAGAGGAAAUGUGGAGGUUGGCCUGCUGCGCCCUGCAGGACGCCUUCUCUGCUACCUUAGAACCUGUCAAGAACCUUCUGGCGUGUUUUCGGAGCGGUUCCAACAACUUCUGUGGAGACGCCUGCGAGGUCAAAGUCGCUGCCCCCUCGUCCUCACCGUCAGCGGAGGCCGAGUACUGGAGGAUCAAAGCCAUGGCUCAGCAGGUCUUCAUGUUGGACACUCAAUGUUCUCCAAAGACCCCCAACAACAAGGAUGGCUUUGAGCACGCCCAGUCGUGUGUUUUGAUCAUGGAACUGCCAAAUGAGCACCGCUCCACUGGGCACGCUCAGAAGAGGAUUCCGUUCAGGACCAUCGUGGUCAGCCUGCUGUCCCAUCAGGUCCUGCUCCAAAACCUUUCUGACAUCCUGCUGGAGGAGUUCCUCAAGCAGCCUGAAGGGCACGAGAGGGCCACGCCCGUCACCCCUGAUCCCGGGCGGCCCACGGCAGGCUUCCUGCGCUACGUGUCCAUGGCCAAUCUGUCCGUCAUCCUGGACCUGCUGCUGGACUCGUACAGAACAGCGCGUGACUUCGACACACGUCCGGGCCUCAAGUACCUGCUGAUGAAGGUGUCAGGCGUGUGCGGCGCCGCCAACCUCUACCGCCAGUCAGCCAUGAGCUGCAACCUCUAUGUGCAGACACUGCUGAGCGCCAUCUUGAGCCAGGCGGACACCAUGACGGCCCAGCAGGUGAAGAGGAUGCUGUACGAGGAAGAGGAGGGAAGCUCUGACUCUUCUCAUCCUGGAUCAGCUUCCUCAGAAGACGAGGACAUUUUUGAAGAGACGGCACAGGUGAGCCCCCCCCGCGGCCGUGACCAGCGCCACCAGUGGAGAGCCGCCAUGACGUCCCUGAGCGUGGCACCGGGGGGCGGGGCUGACUGGGCGUGGCUGGUGAAGCGUCUCUACAAGCUGUGCGUAGACUUGUGCAGCAGCUACAUCCAAAUGUACCGCGACCUGGAGAGCGCGCUGGAGGACACGCCCCUGCCGCAGCCGCCUCGGGGAGCAGAUCACGCCUUCUUCCUGCCGCUCUUCCAGUCCGAGGCGUCCACCCCCACGUCGGCAAGGGAAACGCCUUCAGAGGAAGGCGGUUUCAGGAGUCAGACGGCAGAGACGAGUACGGCGUCGCCGGGAGACACACCCACUCAGAGUCCAGGAUACAGCUGCACAGGAAGUCUGCCUCACAGUUUCUUUAGCGGGCGCGAGGCGUCAUGGGGCCGGAGAAAGGAAUGGUGGGAAAGUGCGGGGAGCAAACUGUACUCAAUGGCGGCGGACAGAAGCUUCGGCAAGCUGGUGAGCGACUACAAGCGCAGGAAGCAGCAGAACCACCUCCACCGCACCGCUAGGGAGAGGAGGGGCCCUACGGAGCGCCCCCAGAGGCCCCAGCAGCUGGUAGACCAACAGGGACCACCCCUGAGGCACUCUGUCAGCGCCGGACCAGAAGUCCUGAGGCAAGAGACACGCUCACGUUCCGGCUCCACCUACAGCUCUCACAGCGUGUCUCUGAGGGACGCCGAGGCCCAGAUCCAGGCCUGGACCAACAUGGUGCUGACCGUUCUCAAUCAGGUCCUUCUCCUGUCCGACUCGUCCUUCCUGGCACUCCAGCCAGCGCUCUAUCCCAGCCUCAGCCAGCUGGCGUGCCAUGUGACCGACGCCCGCGUGCGGCAAGCGCUGCGUGAGUGGCUGGGGCGCGUGGGAAGACUCUAUGACAUCGUCGCCUGAAUGGUGAGCCCGCCUCACUCCCGCGACGUUGUACGCUUUAGCUUUGUGCCGCUAACUUCCUGAAAAGACAGUUGGGGCAUGGUAUUGGGGCGCUGACCCAAAGAUGAUGAUGAUGAUGAUGAUGUCAUACGCUAUGUGAAUAUUAUUUAUCAUUUCCUGUAUUUCAUGUCUUAUUUGACUUCAGUUUUUGUCUGCGUUAUUAAAUGUCGUGAUGAGCAGCACAUUCACACGUUCAUUCAGUAAAAAAAAACGCUGACCUCACUCAUCCUGCUCUGCUCAGACUGUAUUGAGGGCAGACGGGAGGGGCGGAGCCUGAGUAGGUGAAGGUCAGUUUGGACCUGCAUCGAGUUCAUCAUGUCUGACUUAAAUGUUCCACUGGAUGCAUCGAACGUUAUGGAACGUUCUCGCUUGAGGCACCUGGUUGUGCAUGCUGCUAAUGCUAAAGCUAACGGCGUGUGUGUGUGUGUGAAGGUGAUGUCAAAUGGCAGAAAAGUGGGAUGUUAGUUGGGGGUCCUCCUUGUCCAAAGUGUUGUUUUCUGCUGACACGGCGCCCCACUUUGCUGCUCGUGUGGCAGGAAGUAGGCCACCGUUGAGUCGUCACUUUUGUGUUGAGCAGAUGUGGGCGAGCAUGAGCACGCAGAGAGGAUUUACGGGGUGUUAAGUGUUUACUGCAGUGUGUCAUGGUGUCAUGAUGCUUUGUGUGCUUUCAGCACAAUGUUCACUUGACUAUUAGGAUUAGAGAUUUACACACGAGCGGAUCAUCCCAAACGUAAGCAGCUUUGACGCUCCCCAAUAUUUUGGCGGGAGCGUUUCAUUAAGCUGCAGUAGUUUGUGGCAGCUCCUGGAGCAGACGAAGCUGCCUGGUGAUUAAACAGGAUGCGCGCCCAAGACGUUUUAAUAAAGUUUGGAGCCGAACGAUUCAAGCGGGGAGGAAAAAAAGCAAAGCGGCUUUGACUCCAUCGUGCAUAUGUGAGAUGUGACACACUUUCUACACUGGGGGCAUGGCCAACAUGUAGAGCCACGACGUCUCCUCACGUCCUCACUGAGAAAUUUCCUGGCCACUAGCUGCUAUUCGUGCAUUUGUAUGCUUAUUGAGAAUGUAUGCAUCUACAGUACGUUCACCCAUCAAAGACAAUUUUUUAAAACUUUUUCAAUAAUAAUAAUAAAAUAUGACACAGUUGAAGUAAGAAUGUCUUCGCUCACCGUCAUGGCUGCUCACUGGUCCUCAUUGCAGCGCUAAGUACAAAAACACACACACACACACACACACACCACCUAUUAGGACCAGUGAUGUCCUGACCCCACCCCUCCCCUUCCUCCACUUGAUAUUGGUGCAGAUGACAUGCUGACAGCUGUCAGUGUUGCUCAGUAGCUCUUAGCAGGUUGGUUGUUUUUGCGUCUCUGUGCACAUCUGAGCACGCUCAGUGCCUGAAGCUCCUGCAGCUCCCGGAGUGCCCCCCCCAUUUGGCCUCCCACCAUGCGGACUCUGCUGGAGAGCAGCUGGACGAAGUUUGGACCAGCAGGUCGAGACUCACUGGACUGGUGGACGGGAGCGUCUGCGCUGCCAUCCACUGACAGACAGCCUGCAGGUCGGCAGAGUUCAGGCGGGGAGGCCACCAUCAGUGCAGCAUCCAUCACCUACAUCGCCAUAGCAUCAGUCUCCUUCAUCCUCCUCUUCCUUACCGCCAUGGGCCUCGUACUGUGGCGGCGUAGGCGGGGCUUGGUUUUUAGCGGGAAGCUGGGAUUGGCCAACGUGAUCGCCCUGGAGGACCUGAAGGACCCCGAGAGGAACUGCGAGCUGCUGUCGUCCCUCCGCCGAAGCCAGCAACAGCAGCAGCGCCUGCCGAGCUCCGCCUCCGAGCAGGAUGCCACAGAUGGCGUCUUUCUCAUGGUGUACCUGCCCUCGCCCUACGAACACACGCUCAGCAGAAUCGCCAGAGCCGCCAGCACCAGCAGUUCCAAGGACGGCGACCUGCUGCCCCCUAGUCCUGGGGCGGAGGGAGGGGGGAUGAGGACAACCGGGGCAGAGAUGACAUCACCUCCUGCUGAGGAAGCUUUGUACCGCUGAGGGGAUUCUAACCUGCGCACCUCGUGACACCCUGCAGAAGGUCCACAUUUUCCGCUUAAUGCAGUCUCAUGGCCCCACCCCCAAAGAAGACAUCAUUCAGUUGUUGGAAGAACGUUUGAAUAUUUUAGACACCAAAUAAAACAUUACCCAAAAAAGGAAAAGGAGGAAGUGGCAUGUCUACAGGUGAAUUAAUUAAUGAAUGUCUCCAACGUCUACAUGUUGUCAUUUUUGUGUUGUCUUCUAUGUUUAAUAAAAUUUGAUCAAAACAUUA